AUUUAGUUGGUUACUUAUAGAUAUUAAAAUAUAAAUAAUAAUAAUAUAUAAUCACACAGAUCAAAAAAAAUAAAAGAUUUAUAAUGGGUAGAACUUAUAAUGAAGAAUUGGAAUACAUAGAAAAAAUCACACCAAACUCAUACAAAAUAAAAAAAGGUUUUGUACCUAAUAUGAAUGUUGAAGGGAUAUUUUAUAUUAAUCAACAUCUUGAAAAGCUAAUGUUUGAUGAGUUAAGACAGUUUGCUAAUUUUGGAGGUGUCGGUGGAUUUCUUCCUGGGAUGAAACAGAUUGCAAAUGUUGCUGCACUCCCUGGAAUUGUUCAUAGAUCUGUUGGCUUACCUGAUAUUCACUCUGGCUAUGGUUUUGCUAUUGGUAAUAUGGCAGCAUUUGAUGUUAAUGACCCAUUAUCAAUAGUUUCACCGGGAGGUGUUGGUUUUGAUAUUAACUGUGGUGUACGUUUAAUAAGAACAAAUCUUAAUGUUAAAGAUGUUGAGCCUUUCAAAGAACAAAUUGUUCAGUCUCUGUUUGACCACAUACCUGUUGGCGUUGGAUCUAAAGGAAUAAUUCCAAUGGGUGCCAAUGAUUUAGAAGAAGCUUUAGAAAUGGGUAUGGAUUGGUCUCUGAGAGAAGGUUAUAUAUGGGCAGAAGAUAAAGAACAUUGUGAAGAAUAUGGUAGAAUGCUUCAGGCAGAUCCAAGUAAAGUCAGUACAAAAGCCAAAAAACGAGGUUUACCUCAAUUAGGUACUUUAGGUGCAGGAAAUCACUAUGCUGAAAUUCAAGUUGUUGAAGAGAUAUUUGAUACACAUGCAGCAAAAAGAAUGGGACUUGAUCACUGCGGACAAGUAUGUGUGAUGAUUCAUUGUGGGAGUAGAGGUCUCGGACAUCAGGUGGCUACUGAUGCAUUGGUUGCAAUGGAACGUGCAAUGACUCGUGAUAAAAUAAUUGUUAAUGACAGACAGUUAGCUUGUGCUAGAAUAAAUUCAACAGAGGGUCAAGAUUAUCUAAGUGCAAUGGCAGCUGCUGCUAAUUAUGCCUGGGUCAAUCGAUCAAGCAUGACUUUUUUAACCAGACAGGCAUUUGGUAAAGUUUUUAACUCAACUCCAGAUGAUUUGGAUAUGCAUGUCAUUUAUGAUGUUUCUCAUAAUAUUGCAAAAAUCGAAGAACAUAUGGUUAAUGGGUGUUUAAAAACCUUGUUAGUUCAUCGUAAAGGUGCAACUCGAGCGUUCCCACCACACCAUCCUCUAAUUCCUGUGGAUUAUCAAUUGACAGGACAACCUGUUCUCAUUGGUGGUAGUAUGGGAACUUGUAGUUAUGUGUUAACUGGUACUGAAGUUGGAAUGAAAGAAACUUUUGGAACAACAUGUCAUGGAGCAGGUAGAGCUUUAUCACGGGCAAAAUCAAGAAGAAACCUUGAUUAUAACCAAGUGCUUGAUAAACUUAAAAGUCAAGGAAUUUCAAUUAGAGUGGCUUCUCCAAAGCUUGUUAUGGAAGAGGCGCCUGAAUCAUAUAAAAAUGUAACAGAUGUUGUGGACACUUGUCAUGCAGCUGGCAUCAGCAAAAAAGCAAUUAAACUGAGACCAAUCGCUGUCAUUAAAGGAUAAAAUUGUUUUUAUUUUUUAUAACGUUUCUUAAAAUAAUGUUAAAAAAGAAA